UCCCUGGCAGGGGGCUCGGCGCCUGGCGGGCUCCAGCCUCGCCUGGCCGUGGGGCGGGGACACGGCUCCCGUGCCCCGGGCUCAGGUGCCAACUGCGGUUCUCUGCCUCUCUCCAGGCCUCUGGCGAAGCCCUGCUUUGUGCGGCACGCUUCCUCAGGAGGAGGGACCUCAAGGAGCUGCUGAGGAAGGAGCAGCGGAUGAAGUUCGCCGAGCGCCUGCUGCUGCAGGACGAGAGCCGAGCGGCCGAGCACCUGCGCUGGGCCCUGCCGUACCUGCAGAGCCCGCAGAGGCCCGUGCGACGAGCUGCCGUCAGGAUCAUCGGUGAGCCGCGAGCCCGGCGCCCCUCCCUGCCCCCGGCCCGGCUGCUGCCCCGGCAGCGGGAGCCGCGCCCGGGCCGCUGGAGCCCCGCCCGCCCUCGGUGCUGCCGCCGCCCUGUCGCAGCCGUGCCCUCGGGCGGCAGCGUACGGCAGGGGCCAGCAGGAUCCCUGCCCGGCCAGGAGGGCGUGCAGCCGCAGGGCCGGCAGCGCCCUUGUCGGGAAGCUGUGCCGCCUGGGGCCGCCACGGGCUCUGUCUUGCCAGGGCUGGCCGGAGUGCUCAUAACGGGGCAGAAGGAGGAGCUCCAGGUCCUCACUGAGGCUCUUCAAGCCCUAAGGGAAGAUGAGAGCCUGUCCUGCACCAGCAUUCUGAUUCAGCUGACCUUCGAAAGAAGAUCUGCAGAACUUGCUUCCUCUGCUGGAUCAGAUGUUCCGGUGUCCAACGGGGAUUUCCCGUUGAGGAUGGAAGCAGCCGGUGGACCAGCUGGAGCUCCAGGCACAGCUCUUGCUGCUCAGAGCUGAGCCUGUGGGAAGCUCCAGGAGCUCCUGCCACCUUGCUCCCUGUUGGCAGCUCCCUCCCUGCAGCCCUCAGGCCUUGCCCAUCCCCUUUUUUACUUCCCAGCUCGCCCCUUGGCUUCGCUUUCCCUUCAUAAACAGUUUCCCCAAACCCUAAGAUGGCAGCACCUGCAGAGCAGGAUGGGCCAGCUGGAGCUCCCGGCACAGCUCUUGCUGCUCAGAGCUGAGCCUGUGGGAAGCUCCAGGAGCUCCUGCCACCUUGCUCCCUGUUGGCAGCUCCCUCCCUGCAGCCCUCAGGCCCUGCCCAUCCCCUCUUUUGCCUCCCAACUCAGCCCUUC